GGCAAGAGCAAGGAGGUAAAUUCUAGUCCACAAUGCGGCAAUAAAAAACACCUCAAGUCGAAUACAGACAAAAGUGCACGUGGCGCGUGCAGGGUUAGUCACGGCUAUGGACUUUUGAUGGCCGGUGCAGUACGCGUCACCGCAGGUCGAUACAUCUCGAAGUCGCACGAAUACGAUACCGCUCGAUGCCGACACUUUGUUCCCGUUGCUGUCGGCUGCCAGCAGUGCCAGCUGCAUCCGGACGACGCCACGCGACGCGACGCUCGCGAUACGGAGGCAGAGAGGAAAAUCGUCCGUGCAAUCACGAUCUAUCACGGUCCGAGUGAAGUGUCUGCAGAUACGUGAGUCGGCAUCGAGAUAAUCCCUGACACGAGCCGGCAGUUCUAGAUAAGAGUCACAUUAUCUCGUAGAUAGAUAUUCCUGUGAGGAGAGUCUACGUCGGAGUACGCCGAAAUGACCAAGUCAGAGAAUAUCUUUCUCUUCGUGCCAAAUAUCAUCGGUAUCGGCAGAGUGAUUCUGGCAUUGAUUUCCUUCUACUUUAUGUCCACUAACUACGUCAUUGCAUCAUGGUGUUACGUGGUUAGCUCGUUGCUGGACGCGGUAGACGGCCAUGCGGCCAGGUAUUACAAUCAGAGCACCAAGUUUGGUGCGAUCUUGGAUCAGCUGACGGAUAGAAUCGGCACGAUGUGUCUCAUGGCUACGUUGUGCCAAUUCUACGAACCAUAUACCUUCUGGUUUCGAGUGAGCAUGGCUAUCGACAUAUCUUGCCACUGGAUAUAUUUGCACACGACUCUUCUGCAAGGAAAAACCAGUCACAAGUUUGUCGAUAUGUCUGAGAAUCCGAUCAUGAGACUGUACUACACAAAUCGCAUGGUACUAUUCUUCAUGUGCGCUGGCAAUGAAGCAUUCUACGCUGGUCUGUACCUCCUGCAUUUUACCCCAGGACCAAUUUUUGCCGGUAUGAGUCUGUACAGUAUAAUCGUGCACUUGACCUUCCCGAUAGCACUUGUCAAAGCUGCUAUCUCUUUAUUACAUGGAUACGUGGCGUGCAUCAAUCUCAGCAUCAUUGACGUGAAAGAACGUCAGGAGCGGCUUAAAAUGAAUUAAGAAUCUCUCGCUCUCUCAACGCAUUGUUUGCUAGUCAAGUUGAAUGUGAUCUACAAUCUUCCUAUUCUAUAAAUUGAUACACGCAUGUUUACAUACUUCCAUAUAUAUUUUUAAGAAGCAGAAAGAAUGUGUUUAAAAAUGCGUGGUCAAAAGAUGUCUCUAUUUAACUUAUAGACCUAUCUUGUAAGCUCAAAUGAGUGUCGUUAUCACUAUAUACUUGUCCCAGAUGAUGUAUCUAUAGUACAUAAAAAGCUUAAUGAUAACAACACUCAUCAAAA